AUGUCGAAAUAAUAAUCAAUCCAUGCAAAGCAAGGAGAAAACAUCUUCGCAAAGAAUCCAAAAAUUUCUGCAGAAUUGCUUGCAUUAACAUACGGUGCCUUCGUUCAUAAACUCAUUAAGGAUACAGAUAACGCAGAAGAGGUUAAUGCGAUUCUAGAUAAGAUGGGAUUUAACAUAGGUUGCAGACUUGUAGAUGAAUUCUUUGCUAAAUCUCCAACUCAAGGAUUGUGCUAGGACUUAAGUGAUACUGCUAAGGUCAUUGCAGAAUAGGCAUUUAAGAUGUUUAUGGGAGUUACUGCUGAAAUAGCUAACUUUGAUGGAGAUAAUAAAUCAUUCAGUUUGAUCUUGAGAGAAAAUCCACUUGCUGAUUUUGUGGUGCUUCCAAUGCAAAAUCAAAAGCUAUGGUAUUCAAAUGUAGUGUGUGGAGUUAUUAGAGGUGCCCUAGAUAUGCUUAAUAUGAAGGUUAAUGUGUAUUUUAAGAAAGAUGUUUUGAGAGGACAUGACUGUUCAGAGAUUAGAGUAGAGCUUAAAGAAAUAGUCAAGGACAGAUAUGAAGAGGAUGAAUGA